GACGUGGAGGCUUGCCCACAUGACAAACCUUAGUGCCCGACUCGCAUGACCCUCUCUCCUCCGCCUCUUCCUCUCUCUCUGAUUCAAACAUUUCUCGCUUUUGACACUUCCCAGAACCUCUGUUUUCCUCUGUUUUUGCAGAUAAUGGAAGCUCCACAAGCCAAGAAGAGAGGGCUCGAAGGAGAGAGACGCUACAAAGGGAUUAGGAUGAGGAAGUGGGGCAAGUGGGUCGCUGAAAUCAGAGAACCCAACAAACGUUCCAGGAUUUGGCUCGGAUCCUAUUCCACCCCCGUCGCCGCCGCCAGGGCCUACGACACCGCUGUUUUCUAUCUCAGAGGACCCUCCGCUCGCCUUAAUUUCCCGGACCUUCUCGCCGGAGAAGCCUGCGUGGCCGCCACCGCCGGGGACUUGUCGGCGGCUUCGAUUCGCAAGAAAGCUAUUGAAGUCGGUGCUCGAGUGGACGCCCUUCAGGCGGCCCGCCGCCACCACGCGUCAGCGGAGGCAUCCGAGCGCAUGCCUCCAGUCGCCGGUGCGUGCGUGGAGCGGGUUGACCUGAACAAGAUGCCCGAACCCGAGAAUCCGGAGUGUAACUGAGGGAGGGGCGGUUGGUACCGGUGACUAACAUGCGCCACGGAGGUUGAGCGGCGGCUGAAGCAAAGUGAUGUUGAUGAAGCCUUCCUGAGGAACACUGUACUCUCUCGCCGGUAGUAUUUCCUGUUUAGAUUUUACAGAAGAAAUUUUGGCGUUGUAAAAAGAUGUUAAAUGUAAAUUAUUUAGUUGACUUAAAGCAGCCUCUUUUUAA